AUGGGGAUAGACUACUUGAAAGUGAAAACCUCCAUCAAUCCUAGGUUAAGCUCCGGCGAUGUGGCUGGAUUCAAACUGCUGUUUUCAUUGGCGAUUAUCUAUGGAUUGUUGUCGACGGUAGCGUAUUACGUUACGCACAUGAAAUUUAUUACGCCUUUAGGCAUCGACGCUCCUCUAGAUCGGUUUUCUGAAGCCAGAGCUGUUGAACACAUCCGCGUUUUGGCUCAUGAAAUUGACGGUCGUCAGGAAGGGCGUCAAGGUUUACAUGAUGCUGCCAAAUAUAUUAAGACACAAUUGAAAAUGCUGAAGGCUCGUGCUGGAUCUAAUGUAAGGAUUGAAAUAGAGCAAGAUGUAGUGAAUGGCUCUUUCAAUAUGAUGUUUUUAGGUCACAGCUUGUCCCUUGGAUAUAGGAAUCACACCAAUAUAGUAAUGAGGAUUUCUUCAUUAGAAUCAAAAGAUACAGACCCUUCCAUUUUAUUGAAUGGACAUUUUGAUAGUCCACCUGGAUCUCCAGGUGCUGGUGAUUGUGGUUCAUGUGUUGCAUCUAUAUUGGAGAUAGCAAGGCUAACAAUUGAUUCUGGCUGGGUUCCUCCUAAACCACUUAUUUUUCUGUUCAAUGGCGCAGAAGAACUUUUUAUGCUUGGUUCACAUGGCUUUAUAACAACUAAUAAAUGGCGCAAUACAAUUGGAGCUUUUAUAAAUUUGGAAGCAUCUGGGAAUGGAGGGCUUGAUUUUGUGUGUCAAUCUGGACCUGGGUCUUGGCCUUCAAAAGUCUAUGCUGAAUCCGCCAUACGGCCUAUGGGCAAUAGUGCAGCUCAGGACAUAUUUUCUUUUGUUCCUGGGGACACAGACUACAGAAUGUUUGCCACUGACUUUGGGGACAUUCCUGGGCUGGACAUUAUCUUUCUCCACGGGGGUUAUUUCUACCACACCUCAACUGAUUCGGUAGAAAGAUUAUUACCUGGAAGCAUCCAAGCUCGUGGGGAUAACUUAUUCAAUCUUGUCAAAGCCUUCACCAUUUCACCUAAUCUAAAAAAUGCACAUCAGAGGGGACUUUAUAGAGACUCUGGUGUUUCAAAAGAUGAUGAGCAGCAGCCUAUCUUUUUCGAUUACGUAUCAUGGUUCUUGGUUUACUAUUCUAGAAAGCAAGGGAUGAUAUUUCAUAGUAUGCCUGUUGCCAUCUUUCUACUUAUUCCAUUUUUUAUGUGGUUUUCAAAGUGUGGCCUGAAAUGCUCAUUUGCUGCCUUAUUUGACAACAUUAAAGGAAUCUUGUUUCAUCUUAUUGGGAUUAUUUUUGGAGUUAUAUUCCCAGUUGUCUUUUCUAUCUUGAGGUUGUUAUUCUCCGCACAGUCAAUGAACUGGUUUGCUCAUCCUUAUCUGGCUUAUAUGAUGUUUGUUCCAUGCUCACUUGCUGGGAUGUUAUUUCCAAGAAUCUGUUGGAACUAUUUUCCUCUCUCUCAAGCUCCUUAUCUUGUCAAAUCAUCAAAACAGGAACUUAUCGAUGAAUCCCGGUUCUGGGGUGCGUUUGGCUUAUAUGCACUCAUCAGCAUGGCUUAUUUUAGUGCUGGAUUAAGUGGAGGUUUCUUGACUUUAUCUUUAGCUGCUUUAAUGAUUCCUGCAUGGAUUUUCUUCCAUUUAUCUGUCAAGUAUUAUGGUCGUGAAUCACUAACGUCAGCAGCAUGUUUUUUGGUACCUACAUUACCUCUACUCUUACACAGUGUGUAUUUUUCGGUGUUUCUAGUCCAAUUUUUAAUUGAGAAAAUGGGUAUGAUGGGGUCCAUUCCUCCACCUCAUGGGUACUUUGUUCCUGAUGUUAUAGUGGCUGCAACUAUUGGAGCAUUGACCGGUGUGUGUGUGGGACCCAUUUUACCAGUUACUGGUCAUUGGUUGGCCAGAUCAUCUAUUAUGCAGUUCUUGUUACAUGCCACUGUGAUUUCCAUGGCCCUCUCUUCACAAUUUUUUCCAUACACAAUUGAUGCCCCAAAAAGGGUUAUUUUACAGCAUACAGUUGUCACUGCAGAUGCAGGACAAAUUGAUGACAUCAGCUUUGAUAUAUCUGUAUUGGACUCCAAUGCAUUACCUUUCCUUUUCAAACAUGCUCCUGAAGUAGCAAAACACCUCAAUAUAGAUUCAGAUUUUUCAUUCAACACCGCUAAUCAGUCUUACCGAGAGUCCUGGAUGGCAAUAUAUCCCCUGUCUGAUUUGUUUUCAAGAAGCUUGAAAUUCCCUGCUAAUAGAGAUGAAAUCUUGAAGAAUUAUAGUUAUUUUCCUCAUAUAUCAACUACUAAGCAACAAACUACCUCCAUUGAUGGGUCCCGCAGAGUUUACUUGGAAUUUUCUUUGGGUUCCUUGAAGGAGGUAUGGGUUACAGUCCUCAACGUUACAGGCCCAAUUUCCGGUUGGUCAUUUGCAAACGCUACCCUUCCAGCGCCUGAAAUUGUUAAAGGGGCCCCUCCAUCAUAUAUUUGUAGACUUAGUGGUGUAGCCAAGGAAAACUGGACCUUUUGGUUGGAGACAAAUAGUCCCGGAGAUAUUCGUAUUGAAGUUGGUGUUGUAGAACAAUACUUGAUGGAAUCAAUGAAGAAAUUAAAGAAUAGUUUUCCAGAGUGGGUGGAUGUCAUUGCAUUUUCAAGUUUUUUGUCCACGUAUAUCUUUUAGUUUAGUACCAAACUUACAUUUAUUUAUAUUGUGUUGUUUUAGUUUCAAACUGUCUUAAUAUCAUUUAUUUUAUGGUAGCAAUAUAGGUAGUCACUUUGUUAUAGUACUUGAAAAUGUGUUGAUUUGGUGAUACUCACAUCCUAUUUAUUGUCAUUUUAGUGAAUAGCUC